AUGGCCAGAUUUCCUAUCGAUAUGGAGAAAGCUCCCCCUUCAAAUGGACCAUCGCCAGCAGGGCCACCCACUGGGCCGCCUGCUGGACCACCUCCUGGACCUCCUGGACCUCCGGGCGGAUGGCUAUGCACGCGCAUGUCGAAACAACAAGAGAUUCUCUUCAACGUAAUGGUGGCAUUCCUUCAACUUAUUCCUCAAUCCACCUUGACAACGGUCUUUCCAGUCAGCCGAGACCUUGCUCAAUCCUUUUCCAUCACAAAUGCUUCGGUACUGCCAUGGCUCGUCGCCGCGUACGCACUGUCCUUCGGAACUUUCAUUCUGAUCGGAGGACGACUUGGUGACAUAUUUGGGCAUAAGACGAUGGUUGUGAUUGGCUAUUCCUUCCUCAGUCUAUGGAGUGUCGUGGCCGGGUUAAGUCACUAUGUUGGCUACGAAUUAUUCUUCGUGGCUCGAGGUUUCCAGGGGAUCGGUGCGAGUAUGAUGGUGCCAAAUGGCCUAGCACUCCUAGGCCGGACCUAUCCUCCAGGGUCAAAAAAGAAAAUCCUCUCCUUCACUCUUUUCGGUCUAUGUGCACCGGUCGGAGCCUACCUGGGAAUGAUCUUUGGAGCUCUAUUCACCAGGUUUGCAACCUGGUGGUGGAGCUUCUAUACCCUCGCCGUCGUAUCGUCUUUUCUGGCCGCUGCAGCAUGGGUCAUCCUGGUCUCUCCGCCACCGAGUCCAAAGCAGAUGCUACCAGUCAAGGAGAAAUUGCGGGAUAUGGACUGGCUUGGAGCCGUCACUGGUGUUGGCGGCCUUGUUUGCGUCCAAGUUUCUCUUGUCUCUGCUCCUGCUUCGGGAUGGAGCACUCAGUACAUCUUCAUGUUGCUUAUUAUCGGCCUCUUGCUCAUUGCCUUUUUUGUCAUCACCGAGCUCAAAAUCGCCGUACAACCACUGGUGCCUUUCAAAAUGCUCAAGGCAGAUGUCGGGUUCGUCCUUGGCGCUGUGGCUUGUGGAUGGGCCACGUUUGGAAUCUGGACAUGGUUCCUUUGGAGAUUUCUCCUAGGAAUCAAACAUGAUGCUCCUCUUGAGGCUGCACUGCAAGUCCUGCCAAUCGUGCCUGUCGCCCUGAUUGCCUCAGUGCUGACGGCUUGGAUGAUGCGGGCAUGUCGCCCUUCCUGGACUCUAUUCUGGGCUUUGGUGGCAUUCACUUUCGGCCCGCUCCUUUUGGCGGUCGACUCGAACAUCGACAAGUCAACCUACUGGAGCUGGACGUUUGCCAGCCUUGUUGUCAUGCCUUUUGGCAUGGAUAUGUCCUUUCCGGCUGCCACAUUGGUCAUGUCCAACUUCUUUCCCCCCCAACAACAAGGUGUCGCAGGGAGUCUCAUCAGUACGGUCGUCAACUACUCCAUUUCUCUCGGUCUUGGUCUUGCCUCUACCGUCGAAGUUCACGUGAACAACCAGGGACGUGAUCCGCUUGACGGCAUUCGUGGUGGCUGGUUCAUGGGCGUGGGUCUCGGUGGCUUGGGCAUUGUCAUCUGCGUUGCCUUCGUUGUCAAAUCGAUUUUGCAUCCGACUCCGCAAGUACCACUAGGACCGCCAGCACCACCUGCCUCGGGUGCAGCCUUGCAAAUGACCCCUCCGAGACCUGACAGACCUGAAAAUGAGCGGAAGGCAUCGGAAGCUGCUACUAUUUCAAGUCUAGCACCGACAUUGGUUCCCGACAGUGCGACGCAUUUGAGCUUGAAGCUGAACGAGAUGGAGCCCUUCAACUUCGAGAACAUGCCAGCAUCGACAUCCACACCCGUGAUUGCCUCACCGCAAUCCCCAUCAUUCAGCACAUCGCCUAAUCUCAUCUCCAGCUUUCCUCUCCCUGCCACACCCAAGCCCAGGAUCAACAUGCUACGUCGAAUCUCCAAGGAUGCCUCCGCCAUACUAAAACGCCCUGGCAAGGACAACGCUGGGGAUUUGCAUUCUCGUUCGAAUUCCCAAACCCUCCUUGCUGCUCAAGCCGCGCAAUCCCCAAUAUCCCAAUUCCCGAUGCCAGCGGAACUAGAUCCGGUAUACCGUGCUCGCGGCAGCUUCGAAAGCGAGUCCAGUGGCGAGGGUCGAGAACACCGCUGGGAGUCGUCUGCCCGCCGAGAUGGCGAUGCUAGGAGACCAAGUCAGCCUUCCGAAGACGGAUUUCACUAUACAUCGAGAUCUGGGCUCGCCAUUCGAGAUCCUGACGGGUUCGAGCAUGAUGCGAGACCUGUGAUGCCUAAGGGAAUGGCAGGCGAGAAGUUCUGA